AUGGCAAACAUCACAAAACUUAAGUUUGCUGCACUUGAUAUCUCUGGCAAAAAUUAUUUAUCAUGGGUAUUUGAUGCUGAUAUCCAUCUUGUCUCAAAAGAUUUAGGAGAGACAAUAAAAGAAGGAAAUAAAGAAUCCCUACAUGAUCGUGCAAAAGCACUCAUCUUCCUUCGUCAUCAUCUUUACGAUGGACUGAAAAUUGAAUAUCUUACUCAAAAAGAUCCACAGGUUCGUUGCAAAAAAUUAACUGAAAGAUUUGAUCAUCAAAGGACUAUAGUCUUUCCCAAAGCCCGUUAUGAAUGGAUGCACCUUCGUUUGCAAAACUUCAAAACUCAGCAAUAUCACGAGCAUGGUUUCAAGAAGUACUCAGAACUUAUAUCUUGUCUGCUUGUUGCUGAACAGAAUAAUGAACUGCUGAUGAAAAAUCAAUGGUUACGUCCAAUUGGUUCUGUACCAUUGCCUAAAACAAAUGGUACUGCAUUGUCUGAAACAAAUGCAAUAUCAAGAAAAGGACACGGACGUGGACGUGGACGUGGACGUGGAUGUGGACAUGGAUUUGGACGUGGACGCGGAUGUGCACGCGGAGUAAACGAUGGACGAAAUAAUCAAUAA